CCCCUCCCUUAACUUGUGUUGUGAGAGAAAAGAGUCUCCAUUCACGUGUCUCUCUUCCUUUCCUUGCUCCUCUUCAUCCUCUUGUUUCAUUUCUCGUUUCCAUUACCCAAUAUAAUAAUAAUAAUAAUAAUAAUAAAUGAUUUUUUCUUUAAUUCUUGCCUUAUAUUAAGGCCAUUCUCAGGCGGUGGUUGAUGUAUCUUUGUGGGGUUGUUGUUGUCAUCAUUAUUAUUAUUCAAUAAUAAUAUUAUUAAUUAAUAUAAAUAUAUAAAGAGAAGAAGGCUCUUAAAUUUAGUUAAAGGGUGCUGGAGUGAUUUUGAUACAGUGGUUUUAGUUUUUAAAACUUGCAAAGUGAGAGAGAGAGAAAGAGAGAGAGAACAAAAGAAGAAAAAUGGAAGCAAAGAAGCAAAAGGGUACUUCUUCUUCAUUUCCUUCUGAGCUUUUUGGUUCCAAAGAGUCUCAACCAUCACCUUCUUCUGGAAUUUUUGGCUCUAUAUUUUCUUCUCAGUCACCUAAGGUAUUAGGUAGAGAAUCUCUGCGUUCUGAGUUGAAUGGAAAAAUUGCUAAUGAAUCAUGGAAAAUUCGUAAUGAAGAUGGAAACUCGAAGGGAAAUAAAGAAAUGGAAAGUGAGAAUAAAGCAAAUGAGGAUAUGAGUUGGAUGUAUGAGGAUCAAAGGGUUCAACCAUGUCACCUUAGUUCAUCGAUCAUGUAUGGCGCUCAGGACAUAUAUUCGCAGCCUCAGAGUACACACAAUUCAGGAUACACCUCCUCGCUCAAGAACGAGGGGAUAGAAGAUGAUUCAGGAAGUGCUUCAAGAGGAAAUUGGUGGCAAGGGGGUCUGUAUUAUUGAAAAGUCACUCUUCCCAACAGAGAUUAUAUAUAUAUACUCCUCAAUCAAGGUAUACAUAGGAGGGUAUAACAUAGCAUUAUAGCCCAUCUUUUAUUAUAUGGAAGAAACUAUACAGUGUAGUCAGAACUCAGAAGAAUGUUGUUGUGGACAACUAGCUAAUUUAUUCGCUUUCAACCUUUGAUUUCCAUUUCUUUCUUUCUUUGUAUGUAAAGAUUAUUAUUAUCAUUAUGCUUGGUAAUCUUAUUAUGAUAUAUAGCUUUGUAUGUAACAUUAGCUACAAUUAUAUGUGGCUGAAACUUAAGUUAUUAUUUUGCCCUGCUUUGUAUUUCACCAAUGAUGACUGGUUUUGGAACAAAAUAGGUGU